AUGCUUAAUACGUUAAUAGCGGGUAUUAUAAAGAUUAGCUUCGGCCUAAGUAAGGAAAUCGUUACCCUAAGUACGAUAGAAAUAAAAACGUACUUUAGAACGAUAACUUUCUAUAUUUUACUUAUUAAUACCCUAUUUCUUUUAUAUUUAAAAGAUAUAGAUCGACUAGGUAUUAUAUUUAAUAAUAUAAAGAAUAGAAUCUUUAGUAAUAAGCACUUCGAGAUAGUCGAACGACAACAGGGGCAUAUAUUUAUAAAGCUCACUAAUAAUAUAAAGUUAAUUAAUUACCUAACAAAAAGUAAGCUCAAACGACUAUAUUAA